CACGGCUUCCUCUUUAACGUGGAGUUCGAACGAGGUUCAAGAACCUCGUGAUAGGUGAAGCAAAAUAUUAACUGAUUUGUGUCGUUCUUACUAGAAAAGGACAAAAUGUUCUCGAGAUUUUCUGAAACAGCAAAGAACAGUCCCUUGUCGAACCCGUUCAGUGUGGCACAAUGCUCAUCAGAAUCAACUCCUGCGCCCAGGCGAAGCCGGAUCAUGGCGGCACCCAAUACCGAGUCCUACAGUUGUGAGUUUGGAAGUGCAACAUACUAUGCUUAUUGUGGAUUUGGUGGAAUUCUCAGUUGUGGUAUCACACACACAGCUGUUGUGCCUCUCGAUUUGGUCAAAUGCAGAAUCCAGGUUGACCCAGCUAAGUACAAAAACAUUGUAAAUGGCUUCAAACUAACAAUAAAGGAAGAUGGUGCUCGAGGACUUGCUAAGGGCUGGGCUCCCACACUCAUUGGAUAUUCUAUGCAGGGACUGUGCAAGUUUGGCUUUUAUGAAGUGUUUAAGAUUCUUUACAGUAACAUGAUUGGAGAGGAAAAUUCGUACCUCUACCGAACCUCUCUGUACCUUGCUGCAUCGGCUAGUGCAGAGUUCUUGGCUGACAUCGCUUUGGCUCCAAUGGAGGCUGUCAAGGUGCGCAUUCAAACACAGCCUGGCUGGGCCAACAACCUGCGAGAGGGAGCACCCAAGCUGAUGGCUGAGGAGGGCAUCAGAGGCUUUUACAAGGGCCUCCCUCCUCUGUGGAUGAGACAGAUCCCAUACACCAUGAUGAAGUUUGCUUGCUUUGAGCGAACUGUUGAAUUUUUGUACAAAAAUGUUGUACCCAAGCCAAGGAGUGAAUGCUCCAAACCUGAACAACUGGUUGUUACCUUUGCUGCUGGGUACAUUGCUGGUGUUUUCUGCGCUUUUGUAUCUCACCCUGCUGAUACCGUGGUGUCCAAGUUGAACAAUGAUGUCGGAAGUACGCCCAUCCAAGCUGCGCGUGAGCUGGGGAUGAAAGGUCUGUGGAAGGGUCUGGGCCCACGUAUCAUCAUGAUUGGUACCCUGACGGCUCUGCAGUGGUUCAUCUACGAUUCAGUGAAAGUGUUCUUCCGUCUCCCCCGUCCCCCACCCCCUGAGGAACCCGAGAGCUUGAAGAAGAAACGACUCCAGAAGCAGCAAGCUGCUUAAAUGGAAAUCGAAAAUCAUUUUACUGUACUUGACCAAAAACGUGUGAAUACAACUCAGGAUUAAAACCAAAGUGCAUGUGUUUAAUGAGGAGAAUUGACUGGAUGUGUACUAUGAUAAUGAGUGAACUACGUAAUUCUUUGCAUUUGUAACAAGUUUGAAUAAUGCCUGGAAAGUGGUAUUUUCAUGGAAAAAAAAAAUCAAUAGCUGUACUCUUGUUUGUGGCAUCAGUCAGCUGGACUUGACAUUAAAGCUUAUUUUACAACUUGG